AUGCCCGCUGAAAACGCGAAGGCCCUCAACUACAUAGGCCAGCUUGACGAGGCCCGCUGCAAUGGCCGCUGGGACGCUCUUCCCGAGCUCGCGCGCAAGAUCGAGAAGCAUGCUCCUCACCGCACCUGCAUAUACACGACCGCCCGCGCCGAGGCCCAGGUAGCCGCGCACGUCAGACAACAGCUCAACGAGUCCACUCCGCCCACGCCUACCACGCCGCCGCCCGAUCUUCCUUCGCUGGUCGACUCGUUGGCCGCCGCAAAGAACCAGGAGACUACCCACAAACAGGACGUUUUCGCUGCCGAGACCUGUCUGGCCUGGAUACAUUGGGUACUGGAUCAGCCCAGCGAGAGUCUGGCCACGUUACCAAGCAAUGUCGCCGAGACAAUAGACAAUCUGCGCCAUGGGGACGAAUCCUUCACCGGCUGGACCCAGGUCUGCAUCGUCAAGGCCGCCUUCUUGAAGGGAUCCGCCCAGGAGAAAAGCGGCGCCAUCGAUGAAGCCCUCAAGACCUAUGAGUCCGUUCUACAUUUCGUGGGCUCCGACAUUCUGAGCUCUGCUUCCAUGCAGUUCAAGUCUUGGUCUGAGGCCCUCCUUGCCCGUUUGUGCAUCAUUUUGGACAUUAGCAAGGCCGGCGAUCGACCCGAGGACCUUGGCGCCGCCCUGCAUGCUUUCCGGUUGUGGGCGCGUUUGAUGGAGAAUGGCAAGGCACAGUUCCCUAGCGAGCCCCUAUCCGACCUGCCAGACAUGAGACGUGCUGUCUGGAAGGCAUACUACGAUACUCUUUCAAUCAUCCUUCGCCGGGGUUCCCUGUACAGUGGCUCUGCUGACCCCCAGCAUGCGCUGCUUGGGGGUGCUGCGGAGCAUGCUUCCGAAGAGCAGUACCUAUCGGCAAGAUUACAACAGCGCGCUGAAAUCAAGCUCGCCGAGACCGUGUACGAGUCGCUACUGAUAAAAGAGGCGCGAUUCCCCAAGGCGAGUGAAUCGAAUGAAGAGGUGGACGCAUGGGCGGAGUCUGUCAUGAGCAACUGGCGAAUCAUCUGCGGUCCAGCCUGGACGGACGAGGAGCUUGGUGAAGGAGGCAAAGCUGCUGUUGGCAAGGGUGUCCUCGACAUUCUUUAUCGCGCAGCAACGAAGUCGUACCAUUCGACACGGAUAUUGCGACACCUUUUCAUUGUCCAUGCCUCUUUGGCAGAAUUUGACCUCGCUUUCAAGGCCUUCGACUCUUACGUGGAGAUCGUCAGCAGGGGCAAGGAUCGUGCGGAAAAAAGUGGAGAAGAAGACCCUGGCUUGGAUGACGAUAACACGGUUCUUCGGACCGCGUCUGAGGCGGUCAGGAUCCUCUGCCGUUUCGGUACAAGGAGACAUGCCGAAAAGGCUAAGGAGGUGGGUGAGCAAAUCGAAAAGUGGUUGAAACAACAGACACCGGCGUCGAGGCCAGGAACGGCCACUUCCGAGGCUCCUCAUGCGAAGAGAUCCACCGAGAGCCUGCUCACUCCUCGUGUUCUCGCCGUCGCACACCGUGCAGUAGGUAUCAGUCGCGCCCACUGGGCGAGGCUUACCUAUGAGGCAACUGCAAGGUCAACUUUCCAGGCACAAGCAGUCCAGGCCUUCCGAAAGUCGUUGCAUCCAGAUUAUCAAGACACCACUAACCUCGAGACCUUGUACGCCCUAGGGUUGCUCCUUGCUGAGAUGCGAGACAUCAAUGGAGCGAUCAAGGUCGUCAAGCGCGCUCUUUCCUCUAACUCGCGCGGUGAUGGCCUGAGAUCUCCCGACGGUGUUGCCGGCGAUGCUGAAGGGGAAGAUGUUAACUACGUCCACGAGCGGAAACUGAUCCCUCUCUGGCACUUACUAGCACUGCUCCUUACCGCAAAGUCAGAUUUCAACACAGCUGCGAGAACGUGCGACGCGGCAUUUGAUCAGUUCGACGACCCGACUGUCCUGUUUGGAAACCAAGGUGAGGUAUACCGCAGCGAACACCUGAAUGAGAGCUCCGCCGAUCUCGAGAAGUCUCGGGGCAGUACAGAAAAGGGUCUUGUCGACCGCAUGGAGGCUUUUGAGAAAGAAGGCAUCCUUCAAGUGAAGGUUACACAGUUGUUGCUUCUCGAGGUCGUUGAAGGAACGACAGCUGCGGUCGACGCUAGUAUGGAGCUGUUGGGCCUUUACAAACGGCUUUACGGAGACCCGACUGGUGCUAUCCAGCAGCCCGAGACAGUAGACAUCUCAGUGCAAAACACGCCGGGCAACCGUGCAAGUUUCUUUGGCAGGACCAAGACGCUCAGGAAGAACACCAUAACUCAAGACCAGAACUCGACAGUCCCAGCUGGGAGAAGAAGCACGUCGUCCCGGCCGUCGACGAAUGCCACAGAAGGCGCGCCUACAAUUCAGGUAACGGAUGAAUCCGGCAAACCCAACAGUCAUCACCACCAUGGCUUAUUCCAUCACAAGCAUCACGAGAAGUCUAGCACCGGAAGCAUCAAGCUGCGAAAGAGGAGUGCCAGCAACGCCAAGUCUCCAGAUUCGGCCGGAAAGGACUCGGAGAAGUCGGACGGCAACGCAAAUGGAACGACGCGACGAGGAAGCGCGCCAUCGAGCUCUGGCGCAGAGCAGCCCCUUCGACCGGUCCCGCACAACAUGUCGCCCAGCAAGCAGCCGCCUCCGCAAGGCCACGCCGAUCAACCGCCGCACCAAGACGUUCGCCUACCCGCGCCAUUCCCCCAAGCCAACUUCGCAGCCAUAGAACCACGCUUUCCAGUGCUGCAAGAGCGGAGACACACGACGUCGCUCCUGAUCGACGUGUGGCUCUUCAUUGCCGGGCUUUACGCGCGCGCGGCGCUGUUUGAAGACGCCAAAGGUGCUGUUGACGAAGCCUUCAAGCUUGCCGAUAACCUCGAGUCGGAGAUCUCGCAAGAUCAGUCAAGCGCCAAGGCAUUUUUUGAAAGAGGCUGGGGUGGCGGAAAGAGCAUCGAGGAGCUGUGGGCGGACAUCUGGGCUGCGCGUGGAGAGAUUGCAGCGGCCGAGGCGGAGCCACACGAAGCUCUUGGACACUUUGAGAAGGGCCUUUCGCACAACCCCGAUCACCCGGGGGCUGUGGUGGGGCUGUCCAACAUUCUGCUCGACAUGUACAGUCAAGUGAUUCCGGUCGAGUCGGCGCAACGUGCGUCAGCGAAGGAAGGACGCAGCGCAAGGGAUGCCAAGAGCGUUGCGCCCGACCCGGAGGAGCUCAACCGACUUGCGGCAAGGGAUCGGGCAUAUAGCUUGCUAUCAUCGCUAACCAAGCUUGGCACGGGAUGGGACUAUUCCGAGGCGUGGUUCACGCUGGCCCGGGCAUACGAGGAGGGCGGGCAGGUGCAGAAGGCGAAGGACGUGCUCUGGUGGUGCGUGGAGCUGGAAGACAGCAAGGGGCUCCGGAAAUGGAGCUGCGUGGGAGUGGGUGGAUUUGUGCUUUAG